CAGGCAGUGCCAGCAUUGUCAGAUCGUAUUUCGGCACAUUUCAAUAAAAACACUUUGAGGCAUUUCAGGAAAUCAGUAAAAUUAUUGGCUAUUCACCAGAGACUCUUCAGCAAUGGCAGACCCAAAUGAAUAUGGCCGUCACAGGCAAACCAUUGUGGACAUAGCCGAGGAGCUAGAACAAACUCAUCUGGCACGCGUCCCCCAAGUCCUGAAAAAGUUGGAACAAAUUCGUCAACCCGAGGACGAAAUGCGACAGGCUGCAGGCAUGCGGCUGAGUAAAAAGUAUGACUCUGGCGUCUAGGAACUAAAUCAACCAAAAAUUUUCACGUCACAAACGUAACGAGCGACACCUGCCAAGGUGUUGGCCUGGCAAUUAAUAACUAAACUUUUCACAUUCACGUGCUCGAGCAAAGCAAACAAAGCCAUUUGAAGCCAAAAAGGAAAAGGAUAAAGGCGACGGCAGGAGCGACGGCACGCCGGCACGCAAGGCAGGCUGUGGAGGGUUCGGUUCUAAAACACAAACAAAUUGUGACAAAGUUGCGGAAAUUUAAUUAAAAUCAAAUACAACUAAAACUCGCCCCGUCA